CCGAUUAAUCAAUUCUAUAAUUGGAUUCAUAGAUCCCUAAUAUAAACAAAGUCACAUUGAAAUUCGGGAGAAAUAACUAUAAGCCGGCAAAAUGAAGAUAAGUGUAGAUGGUUUGCUGGUAUAUUUUCCAUAUGAGUACAUUUAUCCUGAACAAUACGCAUACAUGUUAGAGCUGAAACGUACCCUUGAUGCUAAGGGACAUUGUCUUUUGGAAAUGCCUUCAGGGACAGGAAAAACUGCUACUCUAUUGUCCUUAAUUGUUGCCUAUAUGGUUGAAUAUCCCAGCACCAUUCGCAAGUUAAUUUAUUGCUCUCGUACCGUGCCAGAGAUUGAAAAGGUAAUAGCAGAAUUGCAGAAUUUGAUCGUCUAUUAUGAGAAAAAUGCUCCCGAACCUCCAGCAUUGGUAGGCUUAGUUCUUAGUUCUCGCAAAAACAUGUGCAUACACCCAGACGUGAGCAAAGAGAGAGAGGGCAAGUCAGUGGAUGGAAAAUGUUACGGAUUGACUGCCAGCUACGUCAGAGAACGACAUGAGCACGAUCCGGAGACGCAAAUUUGUCAAUACUUUGAAGGAUUCUCAAUGGAGGGCAAAGAAUCUUCCUUGCCUGUAGGCGUUUAUAGCAUAGAUGACCUUAAGGAGUUUGGGCGAAUGCGCAACUGGUGUCCAUAUUUCCUUGCACGACAAGCUAUUGGUCAAGCCCACAUUGUUGUCUACAGUUACCAUUACCUUUUGGAUCCGAAAAUUGCAGAAGUUGUCUCAAAAGAAAUGUGCAAAGAGAGUUGCAUUGUUUUCGAUGAAGCGCAUAACAUCGACAAUGUAUGCAUAGACUCGAUGAGCGUUAAAAUCAACAGACGUACCGUUGAGAGGAGUACAAACGCCCUGAACAAUUUGCAGAAAUUGGUGCAGGAUAUACGGGAUGAGGACACAAAUCGGUUAAACGAGGAAUAUCAAAGAAUGGUGCAGGGUUUAAAAGACGCAAGCGUUCAACGGGAUACAGAUAUGAUUUUGGCAAACCCAAUAUUACCAAGUGAUAUUCUGAAAGAAGUUGUACCUGGUAACAUACGUAAUGCCGACCAUUUUCUAAGUUUUUUGCGUCGAUUCAUAGAAUAUAUAAAAACAAGAUUGAAAAUUCAUCAUGUUGUUCAAGAGUCACCUGCCGGAUUUCUAAAAGACGUAGCAUCCAAAAUAUGCAUAGAACGCAAACCUUUAAGAUUUUGUGCCGAACGCUUAUCAAGUUUAUUAAGAACACUGGAAAUAACAGACAUGACGGAAUAUGGAGCCCUGACUUUGAUCACACAUUUUGCCACACUGGUUAGCACAUACACCAAAGGAUUUACAAUAAUUAUCGAGCCUUUUGACGAUAAGACACCUACAGUGGCGAAUCCAAUUCUUCAUUUUAGUUGUUUGGACUCCUCGAUAGCCAUGGCUCCUGUAUUUCAACGAUUUCAAUCGGUUGUAAUAACGUCUGGCACACUUUCUCCAAUGGACAUGUAUCCAAAAAUUUUAAAUUUUGAUCCAGUGGUAAUGAGUUCCUUCACCAUGACACUUGCUCGACCAUGUCUUUUACCUAUGAUAGUUUCUAAGGGGAACGAUCAAGUGGCUAUAUCUUCAAAAUACGAAACACGUGAAGAUACUGCAGUUAUAAGAAAUUACGGUCAACUUUUGGUGGAGACUGCAAAAACUGUACCGGACGGAAUAGUAUGUUUCUUUACGUCUUAUUUGUAUUUGGAAUCAGUCGUUGCUUCCUGGUAUGACCAGGGAAUCGUCGAUACAUUGUUGCGUUAUAAAUUGCUAUUUAUUGAAACCCAAGACAAUGCCGAAACCAGCUAUGCUUUAAUGAAUUACGUCAAAGCAUGUGAUUGCGGUCGUGGAGCUGUUCUAUUGGCCGUUGCUCGUGGUAAAGUGUCAGAGGGUGUUGAUUUCGAUCAUCACUAUGGUCGUGCAGUUCUAAUGUUUGGCAUCCCCUAUGUGUUCACACAGUCUCGCAUACUCAAAGCGCGACUUGACUACCUGCGGGAUCAAUUCCAAAUCAGAGAAAAUGAUUUUCUUACAUUUGACGCUAUGAGACAUGCGGCACAGUGUGUUGGUCGUGCAUUGAGAGGCAAAACCGACUAUGGUAUUAUGAUAUUUGCAGAUAAACGUUUUUCGCGACAAGAUAAACGCAGCCGUCUACCCAAAUGGAUACAAGAACACCUUGUGGAUAGUUUCUGCAAUCUCAGUACGGAAGAAUCAAUGCAACUUGCACGACGCUGGUUAAAAAGAAUGGCCCAGCCAUUCACACGUGAGGAUCAGCUGGGUAUAUCGUUGCUCACUAAAGAACAACUAGAAAACACGGCUAAAGAUAAGCUGGAACGGCAGGCCCAAGGAAAAGAGAGUGUCGGGGGAGAAGUUAUGGAACAUUGAAGACCACCUAGGCGAUGUAUACAAACCAAACCGCAAAUGUAAAGAAAAUCUUUAAAUAAAAAAUAUCUGUUGUUAAAGAGAA